AUGCCAACGGUUUGGCCAACUACAGAAUUUUCAACGACUUCAAGAACAACAAUUAGGACAUCUGAUUUACCGACAACAGAGUCGCUAACGACUGAUUUACAGGAUACGACUGAAAUCACUACAAUAUCUGACGUUUCAACGGUAUUUUCAUCGACUGAAUUACCAACAACUUCAAGGCCAACUGUUCAAACGACUGAUUUACCGACUACAGAGUUUGUUACCACUGAUACACAAGAGACAACUGAAAUCACUACGACAUCUGACAUUUUAACGGUAUUUUCAUCGACAGAAUUACCAACAACUUCAAGGACAACCGUUCAAACGACUGAAUUGCCGACUACAGAGUUUGUUACCACUGAUACACAAGAGACAUCUGAAAUCACUCCGACAUCUGAAAUGCCAACGGUUGCGCCAACUACGGAAUUGUCAAUAACUCCAAGAACAACCGUUUGGACAACUGAUUUACCGACGACAGAGUCGCUAACAACUGAUUUACAGGUAACAACUGAAAUCACUCCGACAUCUGACGUUUCAACGGUAUUUUCAUCGACUGAAUUACCAACAACUGCAACGACAACCGUUCAAACGACUGAUUUACAGACAACAGAGUUUGUUACCACUGAUACACGAGAGACAUCUGAAAUCACUCUGACAUCUGACAUUUUAACGGUAUUUUCAUCGACAGAAUUACCAACAACUUCAAGGACAACCGUUCAAACGACUGAAUUGCCGACUACAGAGUUUGUUACCACUGAUACACAAGAGACAUCUGAAAUCACUCCGACAUCUGAAAUGCCAACGGUUUCGCCAACUACAGAAUUGCCAACAACUUCAAGAACAACCAUUUUGACAACAGAGUCGCUAACGACUGAUUUACAGGAUGCGACUGAAAUCACUACAACAUCUGACGUUUCAACGGUAUUUUCAUCGACAAAAUUACCAACGACUUCAAGGACAAACGUUCAAACGACUGAUUUACCGACUACAGAGUUUGUUACCACUGAUACACAAGAGACAUCUGAAAUCACUCCGACAUAUGAAAUGCCAACGGUUGCGCCAACUACGGAAUGUUCAACAACUCCAAGAACAACCGUUUGGACAACUGAUUUACCGACGACAGAACGCGUCAAAUCGCUAAGGGAUUUGCUUGGUAUCAAACUCGGCAACGUCAAAGCGUCAUGA